CAUGCAAUCAAUCGCUCCGAAACGCAAAUGUCUGACGCUGUAAACUCGAAAAGAGAAUGAUAAAUUUGACUUACACACUUUUCUGUAUAAUAAAAAACGUAUAGAGUCCUCAAUUCGCAUAUAAUUGUAAAGAAUUCCGUGUCGAAUAUAAUGAUGAAUAUACUAAUUCGCAUGAAUGUUAUUAGGAUUAUCGACCUUAAAGCUCGUCGCCGUGCGCUUUUCCUCCUGACUUCCCGUGGGCUGUAGAUGCGUAUAAGAAGAUGUCGAAUCAAGGCUUUGUCGUCGCAGAAUUCCCGGAUGGUAUUCAAGUAAUACCAAAAAUUUGGUUGCAAAAUAAAGAUGAAUGCAAAUAUCCCUCGCAUUUUAAGACGGAUAUAAAAAUCCGAAAAGCGGUAGAGAAACAGGAGAUACCAAAGUUUGAUUGGCCCGCAUUAGAAGUUAUAAGAAUUUUUGGCGAAUAUUCGUCCUUACAGAAGGCUUAUGCGAAGGCAGAGAAAGCUUUAUACACGUCAGAUAUGGACACGGAAAAGGAAGCAAAAUAUUACCGAAAACAUAGAGCGAGAAAAAUUUACUCUUCGUCGGAAAGCGAAGAAGAGUCUGGUGUAAAUUUGCCACCUGCUCCAUGUCCUCCUGCAAAACAUCAACGACUCAACGAUUCAGAUGUAUCUCGGAUACAAUGUAAAACUACAUCCAAUGUACGCUCUUCCGAAAAAUCACAAUCAUCGCAAAUUACAAACUCGAGCUCCCAUUCAUCAUUUUUACAAGCUUUUUACUUUAGCCAAACUAUGUUUUCUUUACUCAAAUUGAAACAUACUAAAACAUUAAUAGUUGUGAAAUCUACUAGUCUAAUUAAAAAGAAAAAAGAUUAUUUGAUAAAAUUAGACAAUGGAAAACGAUGGGUUGGAAUAUUUCUUUGUAAAUCGGAUGAAAGACACACUCUUAUAGAAAUAAAAAAGAACAUAGAUACCAACUCACCAAAAAUUCUAAUAAAGGAUGUUAACAAAGGGUCAAGUGACCAAUGUGAAAAUAAUGAAACUACUGGUAAUGAGCCAAUUAAUAUAACAAAUGACAAAUGUGCUUCCAAUGCAGACACAAUAAAUCAGUUUCAUAUUCAACAUGAGGAAUCAAAUACUAUAGUAAACUCAUAUUUAGAUUUGGAUGUGAAGUCCGAUUUUCACAAUGAUAAAUUACAGAGCAAUGUUAUAACUAAUGAAAAUUUACAAAGUCAUACAUUAGAUAAAACUAAAUCUUCUAAAAACUAUCCUCGAAUUAUAGAAGACAAGAAAUGCAAAAUAAAUAUGACUAUUUUAUCAAAAAGUAGUGACACAACAGCAAAUAGUUCAUGUAAUACAUCUAUUCUGGGGAAUUUGGAACUUUCUGAUGUAAAUCUUUGUUCGAAAUCGAACGGAUAA